AUGGCUUCAGCCAAUGUCGAUGCCAUUCUGGCAGUGGUAUUCCUACUCAUCGGAUUUGAGCUCAUUGACUCCGGGCGAGGCAGCUGGAAAUUCCACAUCAACGGUGCGAGAAUGAUUAUUGAGAAGCUCAUAGCAUCUGACUCAGGGAAUGGGACCCCUUUCAGUCCUCUUCGCAGCUGGUUAGUGUCAAAUUGCUUGGUGUAUGAUCAUCUUGGGUCAUCAUUCGCGAAUUCUUAUCUACCGCACGGUGGCAAGCUAUCAAUGACUACCAUGUCGCUGCUUCAGGAUGCGGAAGGGAACCAUUGCUCAUCAUUUCCGGCAGCUCUUCUUCCGUUAAUACAGGCAGGGGCUCGAAUAUUGGACAUCACCGACGUUUACAUGUUCCAUGAUACUUCGACCAACCCAGGACAGCACGACGCGCUUGAGCUCUUUUACGCUGCCAAGUCAUUCGACCCAGCUGCCUGGGCCACCAAUUUACAGCCACGGUCGCCCGCCGAUGACCUUCUCCAUCGGACCAUGGUUGCAUGCGCACACCGGACAGCUGUAUGUGUCUAUCUUUCACGCAUCAUUCUUGCUCUAUGGCCUAGUACGAUGUUGCCAGAUGAUCUGCAGGUUCUAGCGGCCGAAAUCAUCACUCACCUUUCACAUUUGCACCCUGGAGAUGCAUUAUUCACAGCAACAGCGUGGCCUGCGUUCAUUGCUGGCUUAGAGACGCGUGACCUCACGAAUCGUGCCUGGGUAGAGAGAAGAUUCCAAGAGCUCUGGAAGAUCGAGCCUUGGGGGCUCACCAGAGAAGCUCUCAAGGUAUUGAGGACAUUAUGGUGCGGGAGUAAGAAUGGGAUUGCCUUGACGAGCAGAGACGACGAAUUCUACGAACGGGAAGACAACUGGAAUUGGAUCGAAAGGCUGAAGAGCCUAGGCACCGACUGGUUGAUUGCAUGA